GGGUUCUAUUUUUUUUCUUCUUUUGGUUUAAGUUUCAGCUUUCUAUGGUUUCUCUGUCUUAUUUACUUCUGUUUGGAGUUUCUGUCUUCCUUUUUUUUUUUGCCCUGGAAUGCUUGAUUGCUCUCACUCCUUUCAUUUCUUUGAGUCACUUUAUAUGUGACUCUUGUUUCUCUUUUUCAGGAAGCAUCAGUUGCCAGCAUUGGUGAGCUGUGAGCUUCCCACCUUACUGCUUUGACAGCCAGAUUUGGUUUGGAUUUUCUGGGUCCUGUAAGUAUAUCCGGUUCUGGUUUUCUGGUUUUUUAUUAUUAUUUUUUUUUGUGGUUAGUUCUUGGUUAGGUUUUAGUUUUCAUUCUUGAUUUAGCUUUUUCCCUCCCACUUUUUUCAUUAUGUUCUUUGACUUUUCAUUGUGUCUCAAUAUUUUAUUUUACUUUUCAAUUUUUAUUUUUUUACUUUGCUUUAUUUCUUCCUCCUUCUUUUUCAGGGAGCAUUGGUAGUAAUUGUAGCUGCCAUGUCUUCAGUGUGGGAGGAGGAGUUGGAAGAGCCCAGCCCGGUGCCCAGUGCCUUUAAAGAGAAAACCUUCCAUUCUCAAUAUACAGUGUUGAGGACCCUCGGCCAAGGGAACCAGGCAAAGGUCCUGCUGGCCCAACACCGCCUGUCGGGCACCCUUGUGGCCGUGAAAGUGCUUCUGAAAGAGAAGCAGUGGUGCAAGCCCGUGUUCUCCGAAGUUGACAUCAUGAUGAUGACUGAACAUCCAAACAUCAUCUCACUUCUACAAGUCGUUGAGACUGAAAAGCGAACAUACCUUGUUAUGGAGCUGGUACUGGGGCAGGAGUUGCUUCAAGUCAUCCAGAAGACUGGUGGCCUGCUCGAGGAGGAGGCCCGGGAAAUAUUCAGACAAAUAGUGCGUGCGGUGGGCUACUGCCACGACAAUGGGAUAGUGCAUAGGGAUCUGAAACCUGAAAAUAUAAUGAUAACUGAGGCUGGAAAGGUCAAAGUACUUGACUUUGGGUUCAGCACCCAAGUGAAGCCAGGGCAAAAACUGAGACAUCAUUGUGGGUCUCACGCAUAUGCUGCCCCGGAGCUUUAUCUCUUCGACAGUUAUGAUGGCCCCAAGGUCGACGUUUGGGCCUUGGGGGUGAUAUUAUACUACAUGGUAGUAGGUUGUCUUCCAUUUGAUGCAGUCAUUGUACACGACCUUCGGUGGCAAAUUGUCAGAGGGGAGUAUUUCAUCCCUUGUCACCUGUCAAAAGAGUGCCAGGACCUCCUCAGGCUCCUACUGACAGCCAAUCCAAGACGUAGACCCACACUGGACGAAGUCGGAUCUCAUCCCUGGCUUAUGAAAGACAGAGAAGACUUACCAGAUGACUGGGAAGAGAUGGUCCCCAGACAGCCAGACCCAGCCAUAAUGCAAGCCAUGAAAGACCUUGGGUUUCACGCCAAAGAUACCAAAAAUUCCUUAAUUAACAGAAAAUUCAACGAGAGCAUGGCAACUUACUGUCUCCUUCACAGUCAGGCUCGACAGGAGCAUGGGCCCACAAGCCAGGCUCAGCCCAUAAAUCCAGGGGUCACACCGUUCCCCUCCCUUGAAGACCCUGCUACUUUCAACCUGGCACCAAGGAGGAGGGCAAGUGAGCCUAUGUGCAAACAGCUGUGGUCAUCCUCCGAUGAUGAGAUGUCUGAGUGGGACCAACAGGCAGGUCAAAGAGGUGGCAGAUGUGCAACUGGAUCUGCCAAUCCUCUUGGUGGCCCCGUGAGGAGGAUGCCAAUUGGGAGUCCAGCCUGUCAAUGUGCCAUAAGUGCUCCUUGCCUGUAUUCAGCGAGUGGAAAGGAGGGAGGCACCGAAGACCUCCAAUCCCACAGCUCAUCCCCACACAACCAACCAGUCCCCUGUAGACCAGACCCCAAUGUGACUGAAGCCUCCAGCCAAGGCCGGCGCAGAGGCUUCAGGCUCUGGACCCAGAGAAUUGGAAAUUCUCUCUUGAGACUCUUUUGCUGCCUACCAUCAAGGAGGAAACCUCGCCUAGGGCAGAACAGAGUCUCCCCUCAGAAAUGAGGGGACAAGGGAAGUCACGAGAACACGUAGCAGGCACGAUGCAAAGAGGGUGACAUCAGACAAACGGCUCAGGAGAGGAUUCAACAGCAGCAGCAACAACUUCCUAUUCCUGUUCUUCCCGCAGGAAUCACUGACUGGCUGUUUAAGUGUCAGCAGACUCCUGGAACCAGAAGCCUCACCACCAGAAUUAGGGAAGGGUUCAGUUUAACUGAGCAUUAGUACUAACAGAAGAGACAAAAUAUUCUCUAUAGAACUAAAUUUCUCCCUGACAGAAUGCGUGGAGGGCACAGGGAUGCUGCCUGCUUUUUCCUUGUGGGGAACAAGUCCUCCACGCUGACACAUUAGAAUGUGUCUUGUCUAAGUGCAGACACAGAUCAUGUAUGAACCUUAGUGGCACUGCUGAGACUGAGCCCUCCACUCAGUUGUGGGGCUGCUGGACAGGACUGUCAAAAGAGGGGCCAUGAAGUGUGGCCACCCCCAGAGGUAGGGCUUCCCUUGGCCAUGUCUUCUCCCAGGCCGUCAGCCUAGAGGGCAAACUGUGCAGUAGACCUGCCCCUCAUGGGCCUAUCCUGUUGGACCUGCCGCUCAAGUUGGUGAAGCCUGACUCCCAAAUGCUUCUUCGAUGGGCCAGGCAUGAACAAGUUCGUGACAGAAGGGCUGUUGGGAACCACAGGAGAUUGGACACAGCAGCAGCGCUGGUGGGCAAUUCUCGGAUUUGCCUAUUGAUAAGCAGAGACCAUGUUCACCAGUGCUGCAAGAGUUUUGAAUUUGUCCACGUGGUCCCCUCACUGUGCCUGAGGGGAAUUUCACCCAGCACUUGCACACUGGGCAGAAGCAAUGCAAAGGCCUUGGCCUCACUUCAGUUGAUGGACUGGAUGAGACCCAGAAGUCACUGAGUCCCUAGACAUGUUGGAGGUACAAGCAGCCUAGCGUGCUCCCGACAGUGGGAAUGACUGCCCAGCAGCCACUGUGGUCCAAAGGGAAAUUCACCAGAAGUCGGGGGCAGGGUUCCCUUCAGUCUGCUCAGGUCAACGGCUGGCAUUGCAUAAAUAAAGUUACAUGUCAUGUGA